AUGACAGUUGUUGAAAGUUCAAUUCCAAAGACCAAAGUUAUUCUUGAUUUCGUUAUUGUCGGUGCCGGUUUGGGGGGUGUUACCGCAGCCAUUUGCUUGAGGUUAGCAGGACAUAAUGUUAAGUUAUUAGAGCAAGCACCUCAAUUGGGAGAGAUUGGAGCUGGUAUACAGAUACCGCCUCCAUCAGUAAAAAUUAUUAAAGAAAUUGGUUGCUUGGAUAAUCUUUUAAAGCAUUCUAUGGUUCCAGAGAAUUUCAAGAUCUUCCACUGGAAAGAAGGUAAACAGAUCUCAGAACAAAACUUGGUUCCAUACACUAAAGAACACUAUAAUUCAAUGUACUUGCAUGUCCACAGAGCAGACUACCACAGAGUUUUGGUAGAAAGAGCAAAAGAAGUCGGUGUUGUAAUGAUCUUAGAUACCCACAUCAACGAUGUUAAUUUCGACACUAACACUGUUACUGCAGCAAAUGGUAAAACGUACACUGGUGAUGUCAUUAUUGGAUAUGAUGGUAUUAAAUCAAAAUUAAGAUCAGCUGUUUUAGGGCGUGAAGAUUUACCUUAUGAUACUGGUGAUUUAGCAUACAGAGCCUUGGUUAAGGUUAGUGACAUGAAAAAACAUUCAGAACUAGCUCCAUUUUAUGAAACAGCUAAUAUUAACUUUUGGUGGGGACCAGAUAAGCAUAUUGUGGUAUACUUAUUGCAAGGUGGAAAGACCUGUAAUGUUGUAAUCUUAUCCCCAGAUACCUUACCAAAAGAUGUAGCCGUUCAGCAUGCUGAUAAGGAAGAAAUCACUGCUAUUUUUGAAGACUGGGAUCCAAGGUUGAAGACUUUGUUCGGUUUGAUUCAAGAGACUGGUAAGUGGAGAUUACAAAACUCGAGAGAAUUGCCAGUAUGGGUACCUAAAAAAGGUAACAUCAUCAUUUUAGGAGAUGCUUCUCAUGCAACUUUACCAUACUUAGCUUCUGGUGCUUCUCAAGCUUUAGAAGAUGCUGCUGUUUUGUCAGGUUUGUUUAGCAGAAUCGAAGAUAAGUCACAAAUUCGUGAUUUAUUAGCCGUCUGUGAAUCAUUAAGAAAAUGGAGAACAACUCAAGUUGUUCAGGGCUCUACUCAAUGUAGAAACAUUUUCCAUUUACCUGAGGGACCAGAAAGAGUUGAAAGAGACAAAAAGCUUGCUAUUAAUCCUCCUGAAAUUGGAUGUCCAAAUAGGUGGGCUGAUCCAAAGUUCCAAGAGUUCUUGUGGGGUUACGAAGCAUUUGCUGAAGCUGAGAGAGGUUGGAAUGAAUAUAAACAAGGCAAAUUCCCUAAAUAUACCUUUGAAGGAUUAUACGAAAACUCUAAUUAUUAA